AUGGAGGUGGAAGCAGAUACAAUAGGGACGUUUAAGGGACUUUUAGACAAGCACAUGAAUGUGCAAAGAAUGGGUCGCGCUGAUGAGAGCACCAUUGCCCUGGGCUAUUUUAUCACCCCGUGCGUGGUCAUCCUCAUAACCAUCAUUUUCUACUGCACUCUGCCUUACCUGGAAUUUGCAAAAUAUUACUUCAACAAAGAUCAUCCGAAUCCCUGUUACGAGCUGGAGAGCAAGACGGACCUAUUAAUGCACAAAGAGAAAAAUGGAAUGGUGCCAGCCAACGGGAAGCAGGCAUUGGUCCAUCUCCAGGAAGAGGAUAUCCAAGAUGACCAAUCAGAGAUGGGCUUCAGUGUGAUCAAAGUGUUCCGGAAGAUCUGGAAACUGGCAAUCUCUAUCUGCCUUAUCUUUAUAGUGACCCUGUCUGUCUUCCCAGCUGUCACAGCCGAUGUCAGCUCUCACACCAAGCACGGCCAAUGGAGUAAGUCUUUCACUGAAUGUUAGGCACGGGUGUGUAUUAUAGAAAUAACAGCUCCCCGGGGAGGGAGUUACAGGUGUGUCUCUCUCUCUCUCUGUGUCUCGGUGCAGCCCCGGCAGGAGAAUGCGGUUCUGCUGUUGGUGUUGUUACGGCUCUCCUUCAUCCCCAUCUUCAUGCUGUGUAACGUGGGCCAGCGACACUUCCUGCCCGUGCUCUUCACCCACGACGCCUGGUACAUCAUCUUCAUUUUCCUGUUUGCCUUCUCCAAUGGUUACCUGGUCACUCUCUGCAUGUGCUACGCCCCCAAGAAGGUGUCCCCGAGGGAUGCAGAAACAGCAGGAGCAGUGAUGGCGUUUUUCCUGGCUCUGGGUCUGGCCCUGGGAGCUGCACUCUCCUUCCCCAUUCGCCUCAUGGUGUGAGCUCUGGCUCGACACACCUGCCUUUCCUGGAGUCACAGAGCAGGAUUUGGCAGCUUGUUGGGACUGACUGGGAUAGAGACUGGGAAUGGGUCUGUUCCUACACUGUCCCAGUCUCUCCCGUGAGGAUUGUAAAUAAUGGCUGUGCUGCCCCUGCUGGUCAAUCUCUGAGUGUACCCUGCGCUGACCCUCCCCCACCACACCCUCUCCCCAGACAAACCCCCUCCCCCACCACACCCACUCCCCAGACAGACCCCCUCCC